UUUUGGCUUGUUUCUUAAGAGAAAAGCAAAUUUAAUGAACUUCAAACUUAAGAAGCUCUAUGACUCUUGUUUAUGGUAAAAUAUUGCCAGUUCUUAUAAACUAGUUUUAGUUACUUAUUUUACAAAAUUUGUGGUUUUAUGUCCCAUUACCGGUUCCUGUUCCAUUACACGGGUAUCUACUAUAGUUUACACACGAUUUAUUUAAUGGUUUGUAUUUAUUCAAGGUUAAUGAAUCAUUGUCAUUUAUGAAGAUGUAGGAGGGAAAGAAAAUGAUAGCAAUUAAAUAUUCAAGUAAAAAUCCAAUCACUGAAGUCUCGCACUGUUAUUACACGUAACAUAAAUCACAUGCCUAUUUAAAAUAUUCAUCACUAGAAUUCUCAAGCCAAUUUUUAAUAUAUUUGAUCGGACAGUUCGUUUAUUCGUUAGGUUCAGACAGCAUUAGACUUAUAUUUUGGAAGCCAUCCGACGUUAAAAAAUGUCGAAAAUGGGACUAGAAAUUAAAAAACGAAUUGGAAAUAAAAAAGCAUCGCGUUUUACGUUUCAAAAUAUGCUAAGGUGUCUUGAAGACCCUGAACACCCUUCGGCGGGUCCGUAUCUCCGCUUUCUGAACCUCACGGGAAACUGGCACCCGAACAUGGAAUUAAAAUCCACCCGUUUCAAACAGUUGGUAUUUUACAUAACCAUGACCCUUUUCUUCAGCCAGUAUUUAAAGUGUGUGAUCGGCUUAAGUCUAAGUGCUUUCCUUUUCAUUCUACAAACCGCCCCUUUUCACAUGGGUACUCCUAAGACCAUCUAUUUCCGAAGGGACCAUCAUCUCUGGCAGAAACUAAUCGACUAUAUAUCACGCACUGAGCUGCGACAGCUCUCUGAUGAAGAUGAAGAAGUUAUCGACGUUAUGGACGAGUAUAUUAGGAAAAGUAGAAGAGUAAUUUACCUAUAUUGGUUAAUGGCUAUUAGUUGCAAUAUAAGUUUGUUCACUGAACCGUACAAGAAAAAUCAAAUUGUGGAGAAUGGAACGGACAUUUACGUACCGCUUUUCCAUUUUUACUUACCUUUCAACCAAGACAUUCCUCCAGGAUACUAUUAUUCUAUGGUCCUUCAGACAAUUCUAGGUAAUAUAAUGAGUUCUUACGUCAUCUCUUGGGACUCGUUGGUAAUAUCUACGUUCAUAUUUUUCGCCGGUCAGCUCAAGAUUUCUCGCGUCUAUUGUACCAAAAUUAUAGACUCUAAAAGCAAAGAACGAAGUCACGAGAAUAUUAUAAAAUGCCACCGUUUCCACACGUCUCUCAUCGAGCACCAGAAAUUGUUCCAAAAAUUGAUAUCAUCCGUGAUGUUCCUGUACCUCAUUGUGGUAUCUAUCAACAUAGGAUCCUGCCUCAUACAAAUCUCAAGAUUUUCAGGCGAUUUACCAGUAAUGAUGGGGGCCAUGAUAUUCGUGUUUGGCAUUUUAGUCCAACUUUUGACUUUCUAUUGGUUCAGCAAUCAAGUUACAGUAGAGAGUUUAUCAGUCAGCUCCGGUAUAUUCGAAAGCAAAUGGACAACCAUGGAUGCGAAAACUCAAAAGGAAGUAGCUUUGCUGCAACUCACCACGUCCAAUCGGCUUUGUUUCAGAGCUGGACCAUGUAAUGAAAUGUCUCUCAAUACCUUUAUUGGAAUCCUAAAAACCAGCUACAGUUUCCUUACUCUGCUGAAGGGAACAAAGUAGGAGCCCAAGCCCAAUUCAAAGUAGUAGUUGUGUAGAUUAUAUCUUCUGUGUAUUUGAUGGAGUUUAAAUGUGAACACUGCGUUAUUCAAUUUUUUUUUUGUUUAAAUAGGCAAGCACACAAAGUAUCUUACAUCAAAU